AUGGUACAGCUGGAAACAUGGAACACCUAUUGGGAGGCAUACUCCACGUGCUGUGCGGAUGAGCUGGAGGGGUUGUCGAAGCAGCUAGAGGCGCCACCGUCUACCGCCGGGUACCGCCGCGUGCUUCUCACAGUAUCCGCGCCCGCCUUCCCAUCGUUGUCGACACCACCGACCAUCGCCACCAGCAGCGCCGCCACUGCGUCUAGUGCCCACGAUCACUUCCCCGUGCUGAAGGACGGCCCUCCUCUUUCGGUUUUUCCGUCGUGGCGCGAAGACAGCAAGGUUGCCGAGCCGCAGAUGCAUUCCUCUCUCUCCCCUUUGUCCUCCCCCUCCGUGCUACCUUCACGUCCGCCUCCGCACUCCCGCGAGACGUCUGUGUCAUCGUACUCGUACUCGUAUACCUCCCACAGUCCAAGUAGCAGCGACGCCGUCAGUGCUGCCAAGGCUGCACGCGCCGACGACUGCAUCGCUGCACUGUCGUUCCUGCCUUGCGUGCUGGAUGACCUCCUGUACCACUACGCGCAUCGCUUCGGUGCCGUCGAGCACCUCGAGACGCGCGAAACCGGCGCAUCUGCAGGUGCCCCCUCUAUCACCACAGCUCGCGUGAUUGUGAGCGUGCAAUUCACGACCGCCGAAGCGGCCGGCGUGUUCCUCCGAUGGGCGGAUGGCGUCUCUGUAGCAGACAUCAUCGCAUCAUAUCGGCGAGACACACAGGCAUCGGCGACGCUAAGCGAGGGCCACCUCUCCCCUGCACGGAGGGAAAAUGCGGUAGGGACGCCGGCAACUGAGGGAGCCACUGGUCUGGCCAGGGAGGAGACAACAAAGCCGCAGGGCGAGCUUGACCGUGAUGACGCGGCAUGGUGGGACACGCUGGAAGAAGCUUCCCGGCGGCAGCAGCUCUGCCUCAUCGCGAAGCUAGCCCCGCACGACCCACGCCGCAUCACUGCAAGGCUGUUACUUGGGCCGAAUGUGAUGGUGUCGACACCGCUGGUGAAGAGCUUGUUCACCGGUCUGUUCGACACGACAUACAUGGAGUACCGCGCCGAGUUGAGAGCCUUCUGCAUCGAAUUCGCGAACAAGAAGGAGUGUCGCUUGGCUCUGCACGCACUACAGUGCUCGCUUUGGCGGGUGUUCGGUGUCUCUCUCAUCUUCACGUAA